CAAUGUUUAUUUCACGCCCAUUGAACUCAAGUCAUCUGACCAUUACAGGAUUUUUAAUCUUUUGACUGGUAAAGGUUUAAUUUCCGAUGUUUUAUCCCAUUCUUGGAUCAGAAGAACAAGGCCGCGUGUUCUAAUAUUAUUGUUAAAAUGUCAUCAGAAAAGUUUGAAUCAUUAGAAGAAGAUUUGUCUGGCAUUAUAGACAGUGCAAAAAUAACAGUGAACCGGAAAAUCCAAAAUUAUUCUGGCGAAGAAAGAAAAAGUGCUGUCAGACAAGUUGAACGUAAGCUCGAAGAUGCUUAUCUUAUCAUGCAAGAGAUGGAGAGUGAAGCCAAGGUGGCUCCAGUUAACUACAGAACCCAAAUGCUGAGUAAAAUCAGAAAUUUUAAGGUUGAUAUUGAAAGUAUUUCCAGGUCCUUAAAACGGGAUAUGUCAGGUGCAGGAAAUACAGAUAGUCAUGGUUUUGACAGAGAAGAUCGCAUGGAGGCAUCACAAAGAGGCAAGUUGAUGCAAGGGCACCAGUCAUUGCAGCGCACAUCAGAUAGUAUUGCACGUUCACACCAAAUAGCUGCAGAAACAGACCAAAUUGGUGUUGAAAUUAUCAGUGAAUUGGGGGAACAAAGAGAAACAUUAGUUCGAACAAGAGAAAGACUCACAGAAACAGACAGUAACUUGUCAAGGAGCAGAAAAAUUUUAAAAGGAAUGGCACGAAAAGUGAUGACCAACAAAAUGAUUUUAAUUGUUAUAAUACUUGUGGAACUUGCAAUAUUAGCAGGCGUGGUUUACUGGAAGUUUUUUAGUUGAUAAUGUAUCACUAUCAGCCAUCCGAAUAGAGGGAACUUAUAAAAUAAAUAAUUUUGAAAUAGAUAACACUUCUAUGUCUAGGAAGUUUAUAAAAUAUUUUACUUCAUGUGAAUUUAUUCUGCAACAGUAGGCUUACAUAACAAUAUAUGGUACCGGUAAUUCGUGAUGUGUACGUUUGCUUUGACCAUCGGCAUCAGUUCUUUUUUCAGAAUUCUUUGUUCUACCUUAAGUUUGCUCAAUCUUUUACCCUUCAUCUUUUUGCCUUUACGACUAAUGAUACAAUAUUUGAUCCUUCAUGUAUGUGUACAUAAAAAUAACAACUGCAAACUCUUCUGUCAUUGUAAAUACUAGAUAGAUGUAUGUAAAUAUUAUUUAUAAAAAAAUAAACCCCAUUAACAUUUUAGUCAACACUUACCGGGUACUAUAAAUCUUAAUAAUUUAAAAGAAUUAAAAAUAAUGUGCUGUUUUUGCAUGUGGUCAUUUGAAGAGUUUGCAUUAAUUCCCCAAUUCAAAUGUGAAGACUGAAAAAACCACAAUGUGGCUAUUUUCAAAUGUGAACUAUUGAUUAGUAAUGCAGUAAGGAUUAGUAAAUGGUCCAGUUUCAUAAGUCAGUUUAAAGGGACCAUCACGAUUUUAACAGAGUCUCAGAAAUAAAAGUCUGUGUACGUAUGAAA